AUGCAGCAGUAUGAGGAUGAAAUGACACGCCAAUUGACAAUUGUGGAUGUGGUUUGCGACGUGCAGAAAUUGGACGAUGAUCAGAAAACGCUGGUCGAGUCUGGCAUCGAAGAUGGUGCAGAGGUCCACGAGCUGAUGGGAGAGACUGAUCUUUUCACGGCGUUUGUGCAGGUGCUCUUCCGCAGCAUGGAACCAGUGGAAUGUUCGCACCGUUUUUCAUAUGGUCAAAGGCCAGUACAGGUGCCUUUUGUGAAGAUCCCCAGCACAGUACAUCAAGUCGAAAGGUUUGCCUUUGAAAACUGCCGGGCCUUGCUGAAGGUCGAGAUUCCCGACUCUGUGACAUCCAUCGAAACUUGGGCAUUCAAAGACUGCACCGCCUUAAGGGGCUUGACACUUCCCAGCUCAGUCACUUAG